AUGGUGUCAGUAGUUCCCGUGGUACGGACCCUCGAGCCCGCACCAUCACCAAAACCAAGCAAACCACUUCUGCGACGAGCCACCCGCUCGGGCACCAUCCGCAAAAGCGAUGAGGCCGACCUGGAUGGUGAUCUCUUUUCGGUGCCGUCGAGCCCCAGUAAGAGAGCAAGGGUCACUUUCAAUCCGACCGUUGAGGAGAAAAUUAUGUCGCCGUACAGCGCCAGAGGCAGGAGCCUAGAGGUGAUAAGAGAGGAGGUGAGGAUGGCGAUUGAGGCGCACAAGAAAGGGGACAGUGCCGACUACGACGCCAUGAAGCAGGUCUUCAUACCGAAGAAAGAUGGCGACGGCGAGGACGACAAGGAGGAAGAUGAUGAGGACGGCGAGGACGGCGAAGACGGCGAAGACAGAGAAGAAAAUGAAGCGAUUGCCAGGGCCGAGUUGAAGACGUACUUACUCGCAGUCACAAGUUGUGUCUCGUUAUUGAAGGGAUGCUCUAGUCUGGUCAAGGCUGUGCUUUCUUGUGAUUGGUUAGGAAGAGACGAAAGUUUUGUCAAGGCGUAUAUCAAUUUUCUGGGGAACCUUGUCAGUGCCCAGGGCGCUCAUCUGGGAAGGGUACUUGAAAUGCUUGUGGGCCAUUUUCAUGGCGUGAGAUUCUCCAGCGGCCGCCUUCCUGGCUAUCCCGAUGUCAGUCGCAACCAGCUCUCUUCCAGAGUCCAUGUUGCGGUGAAGCAUCUACUUGACAUCAUUCCUUCUGCCGGCACCACCUUAUCGCAAAUCAUCAACUCUAAAUUUCCCUUCGAAGACGAGAGCAAGAAGGCUCAUAUGACAUACAUCAACAACUUAAUUUACCUCUUGAGAUAUGCCCCCCAACUCAAAUCCGAUGUAUUCUCCCUCAUCACAGACAGACUCGUCAAAAUAGAUGUACAGAUGCAGGUCGAUCUGGAUGAUCUAGAUGACGACGUGGCAGCAGCUAUCGUUCAAGCCAUAACUAUGAACGCAUCUACCCGUGGAGACAACGACAAUGGAGAGAGAUCAGAUGAUAGCGACGCAGAAUCGGUCGCCAGUAUUGACUCUCUCGAUGAAGAUGCAAAACGAAUAAAAGGAGUGCAAGACAGCGUGGAGAAGAUGGAUGCCAUACUGGACCUCCUAUUUAGCAUUUACGACCCAUACUUCCUAGAUCCCAACAGUCUUGAAGCAACAGAGAUGUUCGAGACUCUGCUCGGCCAUUUCCAGAAAAUAAUACUCCCGACCUACAGGUCACGCCAUACACAGUUUCUACUCUUCCAUUUUGCGCAGAGAGCCGAUUAUCUUGUCGAUCAAUUCGCAGGGACUUGUGCUCAGCUAGCUUUUGAUACUAGCAGGCCGGCGGUCAUUCGACAAUCGUCUGCUGCCUACCUUGCAAGCUUUGUUGCACGGGGUAUACAUGUGCAACCUCAUGUCGUCCGUACUGUUUUCGACCUUAUCGGCAGCAAACUGGAUAACAUCCGCGCCGAAAACGAACUCACGUGCCGUGGGCCAGACUUGAGACGCUACAGUACUUUCUAUGCCAUGACCCAGGCACUUCUCUACAUAUUUUGUUUCCGUUGGCGUGAUCUACUCUUGCCUUCAGACUUAUUUGACGAGGACGAUUCGGCCGCCUUCCGUGCCCAAGAUCUGCACUGGAUUCCCAGCGUCAAAGAAACCCUCUUCCGGACCAUCCACUCCAAACUCAACCCCCUCAAAAUCUGUUCGCCGCCCAUUGUCUCCGAAUUCGCGAAGAUUGCCAAGCAUUUAGAGUUCAUGCAGGUCUAUCCGCUCCUCGAAACCAACAAGCGGAUACGCCUCAGUCAAUAUACAACUGGGCAGGGCGCUGGAGCGAUCAGAGAUAGCGGGAUGGGAGGUUCUGACGAUAGCUGGCAUCAACUUGAUGCCUACUUCCCUUUCGAUCCGUACCAGUUACCCGUGAGCAAGAGAUGGAUCGAGAAAGACUACGUGCAGUGGAAAGGGAUCCCCGGUCUCAACCAAGACGAUGAUGACAGUGGCGAUGAAGAAAUAGACGAGACAGUCGAUGUAGACGUGGAUACCGACGAUACCGCCACCGACGGCGAGGAUGAUGAAUGA